AUGGAUGAGAUUAGACAUGAGAAUGAAGCUGACGGGAAAGGGUAUGAUAUUGUUGACAGUGAAGGAGAUGAUACUGGUGAUGAUGAAGAGGAUGAUAUUGAUGAUGAGGAUUUGGACGAAAAUUCUGAUGGUGUGAAUGAUUCAAUAUUUUCAUAUCUAAGUCAAGAUGAAUCAAUUGUAAUAGAUGGUGUUGACGAUAUUGUAAAGAUGUAUAUGUUUAAUUUGCAAAAUGAAGAUGUUUCAAAGCUACUAUUUGGGAGUGUUGAGGUUGCCUACAAUUUUUAUUGUUGGUUCGCAAAGAUGAACGGUUUUGCUGUGUGGAAAGGUCAAGUAAUUAAAAAUAAGAAUGAAGAUGUUCUUGAACAUACAUUUGUGUGCAAUCUAGAAGAUUUUAGGAGAGACAGGGGGUUAACAAUAGAGGAAUGUAAGAGUGGUCCGAAACAUGAAACCAUAUGUGGUUAUGAAGUGAAAUUUCGUGUGCAUAUUGAUAUAAUUACUCAACGUUGGUACAUCACAAUUUUCACCUUUGAUCACAAUCAUGAUAUGUUGAGUGAGAAACACUGUGCAUUGUUGGUUGCUCAUAGGAAGCGGAGUAAGUUUGAUAAGAUUCAAGUAACCAACUUUGGCAAUGCUGGAAUCAAAGUUACGCAAAUGAUUGGUGCAUUUGCAAAUGCCGUUGCACAUACGGUUGGUGCAAAUGGUAGGAUGCAAAACUUAUUCUGGAGUGAUGGGGUAAGUCAAAAGAAUUUCGAAGUCUUUGGUGACGUACUUGAUUUCGAUGCAACUUAUAAGAAAAAUAAGUAUAGUUGUCCAUUUGUUGUGUUCUCUGGUGUUAACCACCACAACCAGACAAUUAUUUUUGCUACCUUUGUUGUUUCAAAUGAGGUUGAAGGAACAUAUGUGUGGUUGCUUGAGCAGUUAUUGGUUGCAACGAAGGGUAAGACUCCCGUAUCCAUAAUAAAAGAUGGUGAUAUAGCAAUGAAGAAUGCGAUCAAGAAAGUUUUUCCCAAGAGUUAUCAUAGGUUAUGUGCAUGGCAUCUCAUACGAAAUGCAAUGACCAACAUUGGUAAUCUUGAUUUCAUCCUAUUUUUCAAAAGAUGUAUGCUAGGUGAUCAUGAUGUUUGGAAAUUUGAAAAUCUCUUGAAUGAAAUGGUUGAAAAGUUUGGUCUUCAAGAUAACAGAUGGAUAAAUGAAAUGUAUGAGAAAAGGAAAAUGUGGGCAGCGAGUCAUAUUCGGGGAAACUUCUUUGCAAAAAUUAGAACAACGUCCCGUUGGGAGGCGUUUCAUAGCCAUAUGUGUCAGUUUAUACACUCAAAGAUGAAAAUGCCAGAUUUUGUUAAGCACUUCUAUAAGUGUGUUUCAUAUUUCUGCUUCAAGGAGAUCCAAGCUGAUUUUAAUUCUCAAUACGGGUGUGCGGUGUUACAGACUAAUUUGAGGUCGCUUGAGAGUUCUCAAAAGCCUUUUCCAUCUCUUGUUCAACAUGGUUCUCAUUACCCUCUGGCUUUUGCAUACUUUAUUUCUGGUGUUUUGAAAAUAAUGGAUUUUUCUUCUUUUGAUUUUGGGAUCGUUAUGGUGAGGUGA